AUGUAUAGCUCGACUACCCUGCGGGAGGUGACAGUGGUGGAUGGUGUACAACUAAUAAUAGCCUCCCCUCCAGCGCGCGAUCAUUGGAACGAUGACGGGAGUGCGCACAUGUGGCGCCCGUCGGCGUCGUACCCCGCGUGCACGUUUAUUUUCGAAACGGUCGUCACGCGGCGCGGUUUUCCUUACAUAAGAGCCGGCCUCCAACAAGUCCGAAGCCGAGGUUCUGUCAUGCACUUCGACCAGUUCCCGCACGUUGCAGGUCGCUGCACGUUCGGGUAA